GCAGGUCUUCUCGCUGACUCGGGCUCUGUUACGCACAAAACGCAAAACCUGUGAAGAAGUCUCUACUCACUUCAUUUUAAUUCUCCAAUCUCUAUUUUAGUUACCUCAAUAUUGAAUCUGGAUCCCUCUCUCAUGGAGAUUCCACGCACAAAUCUUACCCUCUCUUUUCUUUUCCUAUGUCUCUUUCUAGUCUCCGCCUUCUCUUUCUCCUCCUUCUCCCCUACCGAUAACCACCUUAUCAACUGCGGCUCCUCCGUUGACGCUGCUGUUUAUAGUCGCCGUUUCGUUUCAGAUGACGACUACUCCAAUCCCAACUCUCCUCUCCUCUCUGCCACGCGGACGAUUCCACUUGCCAACCAAAACCCCUCCCCCAAUUCCCCCCAAAUCUACAACACGGCUAGGGUUUUCAAGAAACCUUCCAAGUAUGUGUUCGAGAUCAAGGAUCCAGGAACCCACAUGGUACGCCUUCAUUUUCAUCCUUUCAUCUCUGCAAAUUUGGACUUAAACUACGCUAAAUUUCAUGUUCUGGUAAAUGGGUAUGUUGUUUUGAGCAAUUUUACUGUGGCGAAUGUAGCUUCCCCUCUGAUUAAGGAGUAUUUUAUCUGGUUUGAGUCGAAUAAAGUUGUCAUCACUUUUAUGCCUACAAGGAGGGAUGAAUUUGGGUUUGUUAAUGCAAUUGAAGUGAUGUCUGCACCCAAAGAUUUGAUUUCUGAUACGGCAAUUCUAUUGAAGGGCAAUAACACUGAGAAAUUUGAUGGAUUAACCAAGCAGGCUCUUGAAACAAUGUAUAGAGUGAAUGUCGGGGGUCCAAAAGUGACACCAUUUAAUGAUACAGUUUGGAGAACAUGGAUUCCCGAUGAUGGGUUUUUUGAAUCAAGUGAAUUGUCGAGCAGGAUCUAUUUCAGUGGUCGAAUUAAGUAUCAAAAUGGAGGUGCUAGUCGGGAAGUUGGUCCUGAUUUUGUAUACAAUACUGCUAGAGUAAUUUCAAGCACAAAUGCUUCAAUCCCUGAAGCAAACAUGACAUGGGAGUUUCCAGUGAUGGAGGGUUAUCACUACCUUGUUAGAUUGCAUUUCUGUGAUAUUGCGAGCAUGUCGCUUGGUUUGCUGUAUUUUAAUGUAUAUAUCAACGGGCAUCUGGCAUAUGAAAAUUUGGAUAUUUCCUCUAUUACAUAUAUGCUAGCUGCACCAUUUUAUGCAGAUUUUGUUGUUGAUAGUGAUAGCCAUGGGGUUUUAAGAGUGAGUGUUGGACCUUCAAACAUGAGCAUGGCACACACAGUUGAUGGUAUCUUGAAUGGGGUGGAGAUCUUGAAGAUGAAUAAUUCAGUGGGUAGUCUUGAUGGGAAAAUGUGUGCAGGGAUGGUAUUGAGAAGCUGGCCAAGAGGGAGCUUUGGUACUUUAUUUCCUCUAGUUGCUGUUGUGUGUCUUUUAUUGAGUAUAUCUGUGCUUAUGCAUAAGAGGACAGUUGGUAAAGGGGACUUUGUUGUCUGGUCUAAAUUGCCAACUGAUGUCCCAGACGACAAUGCAAAGCAUAGCAAUGAACAGUUACCUGGCAAAGUUUAUGUUUCUUCAAGAUCAACAGAUUUGUGAAUGAUGCAAGUGGUCAUGCAAUAGGAGGAUGGCAUUCCUAGUCUUUGUGGUAUUAAAAAUCAUGGAUGGCUCUGUAACUUAUAAUUUGAACUUGUGUACUGUGUUGAAGAGGGAAUUUGUAAGUUGUAUUUACAGCAUAAGAUGUAUUGGCUUCCUCUGAUGAUGGAUUUCCUUGCAGAUUACUAUAAAGUUUCUCACCAUGUGUACGCUACUUUUAGUGUUUUCCUUGUAUUGUGUGUAUGAUUAUGAUGUCCUGUCAAUAGUACUUCUACUUCCAUGCU